AUGUCUUUUACUUCGAUUCCGAUUCUUGACUUCGCCUUGGCGCAGGACCCCAAGACAAAACCCCAGUUCCUCGAAGACCUCCGCCAGGCACUCAUGGAAGUCGGCUUCUUAUAUCUCAAGAAUGUCGGCAUCCCCGAUGAUCUGUUUCAGAGAGUCAUCAUGCAAGGCAAGGCCUUCUUUGACAUCCCGACUGAGGAAAAAAUGAAGAUUGAGAUGAAGAACGCCAAGUCUUUCUUGGGAUACUCUCAACUCUCGGCCGAGAUCACGGCAGGCAAGAUAGACCACCGGGAACAGAUCGAUCUCUCUACGGAGCAUCCAAUACCGGGGCCCAACGAUCCGCUCUAUUACAACCUUCUGGCUCCGAACCAGUGGCCCUCCGAAGCCGUUAUCCCCGGCUUCCGUGCCACCUUUACCGAGUACAUGGACCACAUGGGCAAGGUCUCCAUCGCCUUCACCUCCCUAAUCGCCGAGGCCAUCAAGCUCCCGCCCUCCGCCUUCUCCAAAUACUUUGACGCCAACCAGCAGCACAAGCUCAAGGUCGUAAAGUAUCCAGAUCUGCAUGAGCUCGGCAUCACCGACCCGGCCGCCCAGGGCCAGGGCGUUGGCCCGCACAAGGAUAGCAUGCUAAGCAGCUACCUACUGCAGGCAAGCCACCACCGCGGGCUGCAGGUGCAGAACGUUCGUGGCGAAUGGAUCGACGCGCCGCCGGUCGAGGGGACGCUGGUGGUGGCCAUCGGACAGGGCUUGGAGGCGCUCACGCAGGAUGUGUGCGUGUCGACGACGCACCGCGUGCUGAGCCCGCCCGCCGGGCAGGGGGCGCGGUUCUCGAUCCCGUUCUUCCAGGGGGUGAAGGGAGAUGCGGAGUUCGAGGACCUGGAGACCGUGGGCGUCGGGCAGGUGCCGGAGGAAAUCAAGGAGCAGAGGAGGGCGGUGCUGGAGAAAAACGGCGGAGCGAGGCUGGACGACGUCGAGUUUACAUUCCGGAAGGGCGGGGUCGCGAAGACGCUUGGCGAGGCGACGUUGAGGAAUCGGGUCAAGAGUCACCCAGAUGUCGGGGAGCGGUGGUAUCCGGACAUUUUGGCUGCAAUCAGGGAGGAACAGGCGAGGGCCACCGCAGCGGCAACAGAAGGGAGCGAGAGAGGGGUUCCUGCGGUGUCUUCGACUGCGGUGCCAGCUCAUUAA